ACAAGGAAGAAGAAAAGGGGCCGUUAUGGGCCAAGUGCAGACCGCCGAGGAAGCCGCCAUCGGCGUUGACGACGUCCAAGUUGCCGGCAGGCCUGGGCCAGAAGAUACCGCUUGUGCAGUUCUCGCUGAGGAGCCUGAAAACCGGGAGGCGUUGUCAUCCGGGCCUCCCGCCGUCAUUGCUCCCGAUCAGCGGGAGGUGCAGUCCUGGCCUAUGAUACAGACGCUUCCAAAAAACAUCAACCCUUUGCCCGUGGACCAAGGCGACAUUGGCGUGAAGGAAGUCCUCAGUGGUCUCCUGGCCAACCAUCUUGAGAAUGCCGUAAUGACGUCGCCAACGGCUGACACGUGUGACGAACGCCGACAUCGCAGCCGCCGCAAGAAAAAGCGACGUCACAAGGCACGUCACCGGCUUCGUGGCGCGAAAUCGCCGGCGACGUCAGCGACGCCCAAUUUGGCACCCGCCGGGGGCGCUGAAGUCGCGGGACCGGGAUCGGAAGCCUCGCCGCCCGGACUUCAGGCGGACGAAGCAAAAGAGGUGUCCGCGGAGGGCAACGCCAAAGCUUCCCGGCGCUCGAGACGUCGAAAGCAGCGAUCCGUGCCGCAGAAGCGGGGGCGGCAUCGGCAGCCCCGCAGCGGCGAAUCGCCGAAGAAGCUGGUAGCCGCGGCCGAGCCUGGUGCCACGUCACACUCGCCGCCGCGCGACGUGCCGCCGCCGCCCCGUCCCACACUCUCGGUCGUUUUCGCGAGGCACGGCUGGAGCCCCGAUCGCGAUUCCAGCGUGGUCGAUACGGCGUGUUCGCGCCUGUGGGCCAUGAUAUGCGCGCUGAGCCUGAUGGGCUGCGUCGCUGGCGUCAUGGCGGUGCUGGCCUUCAGCACCGUCAAGGUGAUCGGACAGCGGGGCCGCGUUAUCCGUGACUUCGACAACUGGACGCUCGAGCAGCUGGCAGUGGCCCGGGCUGCCGCGGCGGCCACGACGAGCGUCCCCGUCUCGGCGACUGUGUUGGCCGUGCCAGAGCUCGUCGGGAACAGCACAGGGGGCGGCGGCACGAACGACACGGCUGAAAACGUCCAGCUGUCGAGCAGCAAGAGACGUUGACGCUUUUGUCACUCAGUACCGA